AUGACCUUGUUCCCCACCAAGUUUGAAAAUGGGAAGAUUGAGUACAAGAUAAGGUACAAGGGGAGAUCAAGGCCAUUCUCUAGAGCCAAAGCCUUGGUGACUUCAGAACAGUCCAGGGACCCAACCAAGCUAAAGGAGCUUCUGUCUCAAGUCCUCACUAUCACCCUUGAUGGUGACAAAGAAGCCAGCUCGACCGACAGCUCGAUCGAGCUAGAAACAAGGGCAACUCGAUCGAGUUCCACAACUCGACCAAGGAACCCAACUUUAAGAAGCAACCAGUUUAAGAUGUUGAGAGGUGAAGGAAGCAAGGCAGCGUUCACAAAGAAGGAGAUAACGAGAGGAGCAAGGAGAAUGCUUAAGACACUAACCAAGGAAGAUGAGGAAGAGAUUGAGAGGUUGAGGGAAGAGAGAAGGACCAAGAGGAGGAAUGACCCAAUCAGCAGUGAGAGUGAAUUGGGAGAAUUUGAGAUUGGGUGA